UUCUCUCACCAGACAUCGUGCUCGUCACACCAUUGGCCUUCUGACGCUGCUCCGGCGCGUGGUGGUGGUUCCUGCCGGUUCCUGACCUCUGAUUGGCCAGCAGCAUACGGGUCUUACCAACGCGCAUGUCCUCUGCUAGCUGUGAUUGGACGCCGGGGCCAGGUGCUGGAGAGAAGGCUGCUCGUUGCUCUGUCACCGUGACAUAUAAAUACACUGACACACAAACAACACGGAGAACACACUGUCACCGGCACCGGAGUCACCGUAACACACAGAAUGCCUGGUUCAGCCCCGAUUAGCUGUUUGGGACCAUGGCCCAAAGAUGUGGGCAUCAUCGCCCUGGAGCUGUACUUCCCAUCGCAGUACGUGGACCAGGCCGAGCUGGAGCAGUAUGACGGCGUGGCAGCGGGUAAAUACACGGUGGGCCUGGGCCAGGCCAAGAUGGGUUUCUGCUCGGACUGCGAGGACAUAAACUCUCUGUGCCUGACGGUGGUGCAGAGGCUAAUUGAGAGGAACAACCUGUCCUACGACAGCGUGGGCCGGCUGGAGGUCGGCACGGAGACCAUCAUCGACAAGUCCAAGUCGGUGAAGACCGUCAUCAUGCAGCUGUUUGAGGACUCUGGGAACACAGACGUGGAGGGCAUCGACACCACAAACGCCUGUUACGGGGGAACAGCGGCAUUAUUCAAUGCCGUCAACUGGGUGGAGUCCAGCUCCUGGGACGGUCGCUACGCGUUGGUGGUGGCGGGGGACAUUGCUGUCUAUGCAACAGGAAGUGCCCGGCCUACAGGGGGCGCUGGAGCUGUGGCCAUGCUGGUUGGACCAAACGCUCCUCUGGCCUUCGAGCGAGGUCUUAGAGGGACCCACAUGCAGCAUGCUUACGACUUCUACAAACCGGACCUGGUGUCGGAGUACCCGGUGGUGGACGGGAAGCUUUCCAUCGAGUGCUACCUGAGCGCGUUGGACCGUUGCUACUCCGUGUACCGCAACAAGAUCCAGGCGCAGUGGCAGAGAGAGGGAUCAGAGAAGCGCUUCAGCCUGGAGGACUUUGGGUCCCUGGUGUUCCACUCUCCGUACUGUAAGCUGGUGCAGAAAUCUUUAGCUCGACUCAUGCUCAACGACUUCCUGAGCGACCCCAACCCCAACACAGAGAGCGGACCCUUCACAGGACUCGAAGCCUUCAGGGAUGUGAGGCCUGAGGACACCUACUUUGACCGGGACGUGGAGAAAGCCUUCAUGAAGGCCAGCUCGGAGCUGUUUGAGACCAAGACCAAGAGCUCGCUCCUCAUCUCCAACCAGAACGGAAACAUGUACACGCCGUCCGUCUACGGCUGCCUCGCCUCGCACAUCGCACAACUGUCUCCCUCUCAGGUAGCGGGUCAGAGGAUUGGUGUGUUCUCCUAUGGUUCAGGAUUUGCUGCGACUCUUUAUUCUCUCAGAGUCACACAGGACCACACACCAGGGUCCACUCUGGACAAACUGGUCUCCAGUCUGAGCGACCUGAAGGACAGACUGGACUCCAGGACGAAGGUGUCUCCUGCCGUCUUCUCUGAGAACAUGAAGCUGAGGGAGGAGACGCACCACCUGGCUAGUUACGUUCCCCGGGGCUCAGCAGACGACUUGUUUCCUGGGACCUGGUACCUGACCCGAGUGGACGACAAACACCGCAGAGAGUACGCUCGCAGAUCUCUUGACCUCCACCUGCCUGCAGAACCAGACCUAGUCCGCUCCAACAACACCACCGAGCACAUCCCCAGUCCUGCCAAGAAGAUGCCUCGUAUCCCAGCAGCCCCUGCAGGACCUGAAGCUGCUGCCGUCGGUCACUGAGUGUGCUCAGACCGUCUCUGAGAUGAUGGACAGCGAGGAGACUGUAGAGACUAGAGAAGAGUAGAGGUCAAUGGUUAGACAGAGUGUAUGUUAAACUACAUCGUGGAGGAGGGGGGCUUGGACCUGGAUCUGGCCUCAUGUUGGUCCCUCUGAGGGACAGGACCCAUAUCUGACUCGCCUAUCGUUUAUUUUAGUCCCUUUUAUUUCAGGUUUUUUUAUGUUGGUGCUGAUGUGGGCGGGGCUUCAGCUGAUGUUUGCUGGAGUAUAAUGACAGACUUCCUGCCUGACAGGAAGAGGAAAUAAUGACUUAAUGACUGUUGAUUCAACGAAAACCAGGACAGAGCCUCAACUGUGUACCCUCUCUUCUUGUCUCCUUUCUCCUUGUCUCCUCUCUGUGUCCCCUCUCUGUCUCCUCUCUCCUUGUCUUCUGUGUGUCCCCCUCUGUCUCCUCUCUCCUUGUCUCCUAUCUGUGUCCCCUCUCUGUCUCCUCUCUCCUUGUCUUCUGUGUGUCCCCUCUCUGUCUCCUCUCUCCUUGUCUCCUCUCUCUGUCUCCUCAGGUUAGAGUCUCUGUCCUGAUGGAGACAAAGAAACACUCAGAGGUGUCUUUAUAUGAUGAUGUGAGAAUGUGAGAAUGUGAGAGUGUGAGAGUGAGAGAGAGAGAGACAGAGAGAGAGAGAGAAAGAGAGAGAGACAGAGAGAGAGAGUGUGGAGAGUGUGACAGAUCCUUCAUUGACUUAGAUGAAGUCUUUGUUUGGCUCUAAAGGUUAAUAAUGAUCAAUUAAUUUAAAGUCAGUCGUCCUGUGACGAGGUUCUGAAUCAUAACACACACAAACACACACAGACUCACACGCACAUAAACACACGCACACGCACACGUUGAGAAUCAAACUGGCAAGAACUACAGCUCCCAGUAUGUCCUGGAGUAUUUCCUGUCUGCAGGUUUGAACACCUCUUUUAGUUAAACCUGAAGUUUUUAAAGUCACCUGAAGUCGCAGGUGUUUUCCUUCCCAUGAUGCAUCAGUGCUGCAGGAGUCUGGGGGCAGGGCUUAAUGCACCUCUAAUGAUCUGAGCAGCGUCUGAAACUACAAACAAGCUUUAACUUCCAACCUGUUGGAUCAGACUGCAUCAGUCUAACAUGAACUAUAAUCACACCUGUAUUACCUGACGCCCUCAUAGCUCACCUGUCCCUCAGGUGAGCUGUACGUCUGCUGAUGCUGCCUCAUUUAAGACGUAGAUCAGCAGCAGUCUGAUUCUUCUCUGUGCUCCUCAUGUUUGGGUUACCUCACAGGUACGUCAGGUGAGCACUGCACACCUGUAUGAGAGGAGUGUGUUUGAUUGACCUGCUGCUGGAGGAGUGACGUGCUCAUGUUUACGCCUUAAUGUAAAGGGCUCAGAGGUCACACCACAGAGCCCUGCCCAUGCUCACGUCUCAAUCAGAAGCUUUUUUUUUUACUAUUUUUAAUUUCAACGUGACUGAACCAUCGAGUCCACCUCACGGGACAGGCUGCUCUGGGACCUGGUCUCGGUCCUUGUCCUGGAUCAGAGCAUCCUGGGCUGUGGGUGUUGGGUGUGAGUGUUCUUCAGAAGCCUUACAUGAAAUAAAAAGUGUGUGUGAAAUGUAAGCAGCUCAGAGUCUCAGACAUUAACACACACACCGUCUUUUUAUUGUACAGUCAGAGCCCUGCACACACACACGCACACACAAAUCUGAGUGUGUGUGUGGGGUGGGGAGGGCGGGGGGCGUGGUCACAUGACCCUCACCUGUUGGAUGAUGAUGAUGUAUAACUGUCAGAUUAUUUAUGCUGUGUAGAUAUGAAGCCUGUAUAAACUGUAGAUUCAGAAUAAACAGACCAUCCACACUU